AUGACAAAACCCGACCAAGCCCCCAGCAUCGAGUCUGCCGAUGCCUCCGCGCGACACCUGUAUCGACGCGCUCGCAAUGCUGGCACCGAGUUCGUCGAUUUGGCGAUAGCGAUCAACAACCUGCACAUAUCGCUCCAGCAUCUCAACGUUGAGGCCCAAGACCCGGAUUCGCCCCUCUACACCCCGCCUAGCCCGACGAGUAGCUGUCACGAUAACAGCAGCAGCAACAGCAGUAACAGCGACAGCAACCGGGCGCCUCCAACGACUGUGUACGCGAGGCAGCUAAGGUCCCUGGUUGAGGACAGUGACUUCGCCCUCAAGCAGGUCAACACCGUCCUCGAGCGGCACGGAGACGCCGUGGGGACGGCGCCUGAGAGACGAGGGCCAGUCCCGGCGGCUACCGUCCAGCGGAUCAACCUGAUUCGAGGCGACAUCAUUUCGCAAGCACUGAAAAUCGGCAUUUUUCUGGACACUGUCCAACUUCACAACCCGGCCAAGCGGGCGGCUGGCAAACAAGCGAUGGCGGCUGCCGAGAACACCCCGGCCAACGCCGAGAAAAUCGAGGAGAUCAAGAACAAGGUCGACCGUGUUGCCAACCGUCUGUUUCGUGAGAGAACGGCCGGCCAAGACGAAGAUGAGCUAUGGCGCAGCUUCAAGACGGAGCUAGAGCGCGAGGGCUUCGCGCCGGACGUGAUACGUCAAAACAAGGAAAUUUUGUGUGCAUAUAUUCGCGAGCUUGAGUCGCACCGAGCUCCUGGUGGCAAUGCACCGCCCUCGGUGCGCGGUCUCCUCAAGUCGGAUACCCAGCCGCCCAUCGGUAUCGGCUCGUCGGCGCCGUACCCAACUGACGAGGGCGACCUCAACGCCGGCCUAAACGCCGGGCCUGUGAGCAACCAGGGGCGACGGAGGAUUGCGCCCAUGACGGAACGCGCUGAUGAUAUGACCGUUGGGCUUCGCCCUCAAAAGCAGUCUUCUCUCCACGUUCCCCAGCUGAGUUUUGAGCAUUCGGGUUCUUUCGAAGCUUCGGACGAAGACAACACCACUUCAACCGGCACCAUGCUCAUGUCGACCCGCGAUCUCCUGGCGCUCGAUCGCUACGCUGAGGCUAAACAGGUUGAGCUUUCGGGCGCAUCUUUGCUCUCGCCCAUUCAAUCGCCGUUCUACUUUAUCUCGCCGGGCACCUCGCCUACGAACAGAUAUCUCCCACCGGGCAGUCGACCAUUGCCCAUCCCGGGCGCCGUAGCACCCGGAUACGAUGGCCAGCCCAUCACGCUUCCACCACCGUAUACCACCUCUAAUUCUAGCUUACACCCGCCCCCGCCCCCCUAUGGCAGCAGCUUCACCAACACCACCCCGGACGCCAGCUGGGACCUUACGGCUUACCCCUCUUCCGCCCCGGCCUCUACGGGCACCGACCUCCAGCACUACCAGCUUCCGCAACAACCAGCGCCUCAAGCCCAGCAGUACAGCCGCCUUAAACCCGACAGCAAAGGCCAACCCAUCCCGUUGGACGCGACAUGGACCAAGAUCAGCCGCAACGUUGUCGCGUCUGAGGCAUUGAGACGUGCGGGCGUGCGGUACGAGGCGCGGCCGACUUUUGUAGCUGUCCUGGGAGUCCUCUCGCAUGAGGAGAUUGAGGGGUUUGCACGGCAGAGUCAAGAAAUUUGGAAGAGCCGGGCAUCUCAGCUGCGGACGCGGGCUGGGAUGGGCGAAGAAGGGGAGACGUACGGAGACGACCACCGACGAUGGGCAGCUAGGAGGCUUGCCCAGGGGGGUGGUUCUGAGGCGUUGUUUGACGCUAGUGAGAGCGAUACCAACACCAAGACGGACACCGAUAGUGACGGUACGGGCAGGCGGGCCAACUCCCACCGUCGACGACGGGGCCUGGCUCCUGAUCACGCCCGGAACCGGUACAUCCCUAAGAACUAUACCGCCUCGAGGAGCAACAACAGCAACAAACCGCUCGACAGCUCAGACGACGACAGCGAUUCCAACACGCACACGUACCACCGUAGCAGCAGGCCCUACCAGACCAUCGUCUCCCCACCGCUCAGUGUCAACGGAGACGCAGGUGCCGAUAACGCCAAUGUUGGCUCCCCUUCUAGCACAGUCGAGCCGAAGCCAAUCCUCAAAAACAAGAAUCCGAAUCAUGUGCGGUUCGAUCGUGCGGGGAGGCCGAGAGAGGUUUCGCCCGGGCGGGAUUCGGAUCAUCGGAAGGAGAGGGGGAAGAGCCGUGAACGAGAGCGCGACAGGGAGAGGGGGAGGGAUAGAGAGCGGAACAGGAGGGAUAAAUCUAGGGACGGGGACCGGGAUCGGGAGAAGGAUAGGGAGAAGGAUAAGGAUAAGGAUAGGUUGCGCGGGUCAGACAGUUCUCGAGACCGGGACCGGGAGAGGGACAAAGAGCGGGAUCGGCUUCGAGACCGGGAUCGCGAGCGGGAAAGAGACGACCGCAGCAAGCGAUAUUCGGAACGCGAUAGAGACCGAGAUCGUGACAGAGACCGCGACCGGGACCGCGACCGGGACCGCGACCGGGACCGCGACCGAGAACAGAGAGAUCGGGACAGAGACAGAGACAGAGACAGAGAUAGGGACCGGGACCGGGAUCGUGACGACGACCGAGGCUCGAAGCGCAGCGCACUGAAGGACGCGGCCGGGGCCAUCGGUGUUAGUGGUGCCGCGGCUACGCUGUUGAGUGUGUUCGCCCAAGCUGUUACACACUUGUAG